AUUUUUCUCAAUGAAAUGAUCAGUGCGGAGUGGAGUAUUGAGAGCAACCGAGUUGAUUCAAUAUGUCUGUCAUUAACACCCAAUCACUCCUGUGUGAUAUUUUGAAACAAAUUAUGAAAGAGAAGACAAAUGAACAUUACACAUUCAACAUCGAUGGCGGUACCAACAACUCAGAUGGAUACAUGGGAGAAAUAGUGUUCUUUCACGUGAUAUUGGAGGAUAAUGAACGACUCAAUUUAGUAUUGAAAUCUGCAAAAUCCCAUAAAUCUCUUAAAGAGAUCCUUUUCUCAGAUAUUAUCUACAACAGAGAGUUUCUUAUGUACACCAAAGUUUUUCCCGAGUUGGAAAAAUUCACGAAGAGUAAAAAUGUUCAAGACAUGGCCACAUUUAUACCGAAAGUUUGGUUUGCUGAAAAACACUUAGACCAAGUGAAUAUCGUUCUCGAGAACCUGAAACUACAGAAUUUCCAUAUUUGCGACAGAAAAAAGCCUAUGGAUUCAUCUCAUAUGCGAAUACUUUUCGAUACUUACGGAAAAUGGCAUGCAAUAUCAAUGGCUUUCAGAGAUCAACAUCCAGAAAAAUUCUCAAGAUUAGUUGAAAAUUGGGUAGAUCCAAAAUUGAAGUUGAUCAAAAGUUUCGGUUUUGUGAAACAUCAUGGUAUAGAUUUAUCUGUUGUGAAAAAAAUGUCGAUUGAGCGGAAACGAUUCGAUCUGGUGAAACUCUUGGACAGUAUUGAAGGACAAAUGGAAGAUAUUUUAUUCAGGAAUUAUUCUGAAGAUGAAAAUUUGCUGAUUAUAAGUCAUGGAGAUAAUUGGUGUAAUAAUUAUAUGUUCAAAUAUAAGGAAAACGAAGGAACUUCCACGCCAACUGAUGUUUUUUUCAUAGAUUUCCAAUUAUCAAGACUAGACUCACCUGCUCUGGAGCUUAGCAGUACACUUUACAACAUGGGAGAUAAAGAAACCUUCAAAGAUUUUGAUAAUCUUCUUAAUAUCUACUACAAAUCUUUUUCGAAAACUAUGAAAUUAUUGGGAAGCAAUCCUGCUAAAUUAUUCACCAUGGAUGAUCUCAAAAGCCAUUGGAAGAGGCAUGCUGUGCACACAAUUGUAUACGUCUUUGUUUACCUACGGAUUUCUUUAUGUGAUGCGGAUGACGCUCCAGAUCUGAUCAAAAUGGCUGAGGAUGGGACAGAUUUUGAUGGCUCCUUUUCAUUCCAUACAAAAAAUAUGGAUCUUUUCUGGGAAAGAGCCUAUGAUAUUUUCAUACAUUAUACAGAGUUUGUAAAUAAAAUCUCACAUAAAUGAA